GGGUUUCUGUCUCCGCUGUUAACCCUCUUUGAGAGAGGCUCCAGCUCAGGAUGGCACACAUAGUUCAAGACUGCUGGAGCCUUUUUAUUCCACACCUCUGGAUUUACACCAGCUGAUGGGUUUCUCUUCUGCGAAUCUUUCUUGGAGACGGAAAACUUGGGAAGGUUUCAACUCUGCGGAUUUUACAAACUCAUUUUGUGUCGUUUGGUUUUUGCCGCUGCUCUAGGCUGUAGGGAUUUCAGAGGUGAGAAAGACCACAUAGACCGGGAUCUCACGGUUUAUGGAACUUGCAACAAGUCUGAAUCGUGCGGAGAGGCAUCAUCGCCCUGCUGCGUGUUUAAAUAUGCUGAACGACAUUAAAAUAGAAGACCGUCUGCGGACCGAUGCGAGCUCUCUGGAUGUUCUGAUCGGCGGUGACUCUCCCCAGCAGGCCGUGUGCGAGGGCUGCACGCGGAUCAUCUUAGACCGCUUCCUGAUGCGGGUCAAUAACGCGUCCUGGCACGAGGAGUGCCUGCAGUGCGCCGCGUGCCAGCAGCCGCUCACCGCCACCUGCUACUUCAGAGACACAAAACUCUACUGCAAGGCGGACUACAAGCAGAGUACGUGUCCAUGCCCACUGGAACAAUUGCAACCAUCAUCCCUCUGGCCCUCAGUCUUCAGUGUUGACACUGCAGCACUCGGAGCCAGGCCUAACUGGCAGAAGGCCAUCCACAUGUUGGGGUUCCAGCAAGACAAUUGUGGCCCACUUACCUCACUGGUCCACUUUGUAUGGUUGUUUACCACUAAGUGCAGCGGCUGUCUGGAGAAGAUAGCACCCACAGAGUUUGUAAUGCGAGCACUGGAGAGAGUUUACCACCUCAGCUGCUUCUGCUGCUGUGUCUGUGAGCGCCAGCUGUGCAAAGGAGACAAGUUUGUUCUGAAAGAAGGUCAGCUACUGUGCAAGAGUGACUAUGACAGGGAGAGGGUCCUGCUCAGCACAGUCAGUCCAGACAACUCGGAUUCAGAUAAGACUGAAGAUGAGGAUCUGGAUAUGAAGACAGAGAAGUGCCAUGCAGCAGGGAAAGGCAGCAAUGACUGGAAAGACCCUCGCCGGCCUAAACGGCCACGCACCAUCCUCACCACCCAGCAGAGGAGAGCCUUCAAGGCCUCCUUCGAGGUCUCCUCCAAACCCUGCAGAAAGGUGAGAGAGACCCUGGCUGCAGAGACAGGACUCAGUGUACGUGUGGUCCAGGUCUGGUUCCAGAACCAGAGAGCAAAGAUGAAGAAGUUAGCCCGCAGACAACAGCAACAGCAGGAGCAACACAGUAGUCAAAGGCUAAGCCAAGAUGUGAUAUCAGGUUGUAUGGAGGGCCUGCUCAGCUCCUACUCAGGACCUCUACCUCCAAACCAGCAACAGCAGCUGGUGACCAUGGAGCACAACAGCUACAACACUGACCCCUUCCAGCAGGGCCUCACCCCACCACAAAUGCCUGGUGACUACAUGAACCCCAAUGGUACUGAUUCCAUCUUCCAUGACAUUGACAGUGACACCUCGCUGACAAGUCUAAGUGACUGCUUCAUGGCCACUCCAGAUGUAGGCUAUUUGCAGACUCGGGUGGGGAACCCCAUUGACCACCUGUACUCAAUGCAGAGCUCCUACUUUGCCUCCUGAGACCCCGCCAUCAUUGUUGGUACCAUCCCACCCACCACACCACCUCCCAGGCCAUGAACAGUAAACAUACAACAGUGCAGACACAAGACAUUCGGGCCACAUGAUUGUCCUGCAAGACAUGAAUCAGUAAGCAGGGAAAUGUGACUGCAGGACAGAAUCCACCAAAUAUACCUGACUGACCUCCACCAGCCAAGGGAAAGGGAAAACUUGAAAUUGAAACUUCACAUGCCCCCCGCUGUCUGCAUGGGGGUUUGAAACAGUACAUUCGGCUUUUCAACUGGGUUAAUUUUGUUGGAGGGAUAGCUGUCAAUAUUUGUACAGAUAUCACAAUGGGAGUGUUUAUUAGUGGCAUGAAAAGCUGGACUAAAGUUCAAGUCAGAGAUUUGGAAAUUUAGUCAGAAUCAAACAGUGUCACAGAAACGUUAUGCUACAUGUUUCUCAGUAUGUAACACAGUUUAAUAGGUACAUUAAUAAGGUUGUAAGUUGUUUUUAAUGGGACAAUUAAGCAAAUAUAGUUUUGGUGAUGUAAUUUUAAAAAACUACCAAGCUUUUCUGGUGAACUGAUUGAUACCUGUUGCUGAAUGUAUAUAAUGUUCUAUAUGAAAUGACUGUUCUUCAGAAACCUCCAUCCAUGAAAUUUAUUUAUUUCUCACCAACGUACUGGUAUACAAUAAAUACAAAACAAAAUAAAACAACAAUUUAUAUUUAAAAAAGACAAUAUGAUCCCAUUUUAACAUAAAAAACAAACGUCUUCAUUGAUCAUUAUAUUCUGCUAUUUGUCUAGUUUAGUGUUUGUGUUGUUUUAUUGAGUAUGUAAAUUAUUAUCACUUUGCUAUUUAUUUUUUCCAUUGAGAUCAUCUGGACAUU